AUGAAAGAAAAAUUAUCAAGAAAUGAAAAUGUAGAAGGGGAUAACGAAGACCUUGGAAAAAUUUAUUAUUUAGAAUGCGACAAUAUAUUGAAAAAAUGUAGAAAAAAAAAAAAUAAUAAUAACAAUAACCACCUUAAAAAUAGUGAAAAUGACGAAAUUAAGGAAUGUGUCUUAAAUGUGGAAGAUGAUAAAACUGGGGAAAUAGAAAAUAUAUCAAUGGAUGACGAAGACAUAAAAAAUUUAAUAUUUCCAUUAGACAUAAAGUUAAUAUAUGGGCGUUUAUCAAAAAUAAAAUGUAAAAAAAUCGAUAAAACGAAAGAUGAUUUUACAAGUGUACUUAGCGGGGCUUUGCAUAAUGUAGUAAUAUUAUAUUAUGAAAUAUAUUUUUAUAAUCAUAUAGACGAUUUUAAAGUUGAUGUUAAUUUUUAUGAAAUAUAUAAUGACAUAAUAUGCUUAGUAGAUGAAUUAUUAGGGUUACAUAGGUCACAUUUAGAAAAAACUGCUUUAAGUGAAAUUUGUGAAAAAAAGGAUUAUAAUUCCGACAGACAUUCAAAUAAUAAAAAUAAAAAGGUAUAUUUUGAAAAACCAAAAGAUGAUAAUUUAUUAGACUAUAAACUUGAUGGUGAUGAAAAUAUUGUACAUUUAAAUUUUAAAAAAAUGAAAAUGAAAUAUUUAUCGGUAGAAAUAGAUAUAAUAUUUUUUUGUGAAUGGCAUCAUGACAACAUAUUAACAUCCAAAGAAAGUUCAUCAAAAUAUUACAAUAGUUACAAUAAAAUAAUAAUGAAUAAUAUGAAUAAUUUUGAACUAAAUGAUGCAAUUUAUAAUAACAACUUUGGUAUUGACGUUAGUGAUGAUAUGGAUAAUGGGCUAGGUAAUUGUCUUCCUCAGGUGUGUGAAAAGGGAAAUAAUUUUACCUUACCAAAUAAGUCCCUAAAAAAAAAAAAUAAAAAUAAAAAUGGCAAUAUUAUUGAGAGUAAUAAUAAUGACAAUGAAAAAAAAAGACUUAUUCCUGAUAAAAUUGAAAGUAAUAAACCUAAUAUAAAUAAUUCAAAGAAGGAAAUUAAUUUAAAAUCUAAUAAUAGUAAAAAAUUAAAUAAAGUAGAAGAUAAAAAAGUGGAUCCUCUAAAAAAUGAUAAGUAUUUAAAGGAGGAUAGAAGGUUAUGUUAUAAUUUGUUAUGCAAAGAACAGCCAUAUAAAGCUUUCUUGUUAAAAAACACAUUUAAUUUUAGUGAAUCAGAUGAAGAAGAUAAUACAAAAGAAAUAAUCAAUGAUUCAUUAAAAAGGGAAUGUACAGAUAUUUUGGGGGUAGAAGAAAGAACGCCUAUAAAUAUGCUUGCAACUGGAAAAGAAAAUUCAGAAAAAAGAGGCACACCUGCAAAUAAUAAUAAUAAUAGAGGUAUAAAGAACGGAAGUGGAAAUUACAAUGAGAAUCUCGUAGAUGGCUAUUCGAUUGGAAGUAAGAAACUAAUACAUAUCCCUAAAGACAUAUUAAAUAUAACAUCUUUAUUAAAUAGUCCUAUAUUGUCAUUACGUAAUAUAAAAAGUUUUAAUGAUGUAAAUUUUCCAUACGGAUAUAAAAACAGCGAAAAAAAAAAAAUAUAUGAUUAUUGCUAUUCUUAUUUAAACAAAAUACAUAAUGGAUAUGAUAUAAUUCCUAUAGAAGGAUAUAAAUUUCGAUCGAUAAUAAUUGAUGGCGCAAAUGUUUGUGCUAAGGUAAUAAAUAAUAAAAAUUCUCAAUAUUAUUUUGACAAUGGGGAAAUAGAAAUUAUUUAUGAUUGCUACAUAUUAUAUGAAGCAUAUCGAUUUUUUAAAAAAAAUAAUGUUGGAGAUAUUAUAAUUGUUUUAAAUCCUGUUAUGAAACAGGGUAAUGAAUAUUAUUUACGAAAAAAAAAAGUUUCUAAUUAUACAUAUCUUGAAAAAUUAAUAAAACUAAAUGUUAUAUUAAUAAGCAAUGAAAAAUAUUAUCAUACUCCUAAGGGUGAAGUAGUUAAGAGACGAACUUAUGAUGAUGUAUUGAUACUGGAAGUGGCUUUGCAUAAGAAGGGGUGUGUUAUCUCUAAUGAUAACUAUACAGAUAUAUGGAUAAGAACAUUAAACCGUAAAGAAAUACAAGAUGUAAUAUCUUAUUAUGUUAUUAAGCAUAAUUAUGAUAAGAAUAGAGGAUUUUCAUUAGAUUUAACAAAAAAACCGCUGAAAUACAUAUUAAAUUCAUUAUUUCAAAAAGUUGUUUAA